UUACUUUACAUACAGAGCACAGUUUUGCGCGUGCAGUUGUGUUAGUGUAGCAUUACUUCCUACAUUUUCUUUCCCCGUGGUCUCGCUCAUUUCCGCUUUGAGAUGCCUUUCAAAAGGUUCGUCGAAACGGGUCGUGUGGCCUAUGUCGCUGAUGGCCCGUACAGGGGAAAACUUUGUGCUAUUGUGGAUGUCAUCGACCAGACCAGAGCUUUAGUAGAUGGCCCAGAAACAGGAGUACCCCGAGGACAAAUGAGGCUUAAUCAGCUUCAUCUUACAAAGUAUAAAAUUAAUUUCCCAUUUACGGAUCACACAAAAACAGUGAGAAAAGCCUGGAUCAAAAACAAGAUUGAUGAAAAAUGGGCUGCAGGAAUUUGGGCUCAGAAAAUUGCAGCCAAGCGCCAGCGUCGCUCAAUGACAGACUUUGAUCGGUUUAAACUGAGGAAAGCGAGGCAGAUAAGGAACAAGAUCCGUACUCUUGCCUACUAUAGACUCAAAAAGAGGGCUGCUAAGGACAGAGCAAAGAACUCCACACAGAAGAAGACAGGAGAACUUAAGGAAAAGAAAGAAGAAUCAAAACAAAAGAAAGGAGAACCAAAACAAAAGAAAGGAGAACCAAAACAAAAGAAAGGAGAACCAAAACAAAAGAAAGAGGCUCCCAAGAAGUAAACUAUGUUCAUUUUGUUACAUUAAAAUGUAAUUAUAAAUUCCAAAGGGUAAUAAAAUUUAAAUAAUUA